AUGGCAAUCACCUUCGGCUCAUUUGGCGAUAUUAUCGCUGCAGUGCAGGUCGCGUACGUGCUGAUUGAAGCACUCAACUCCCAAAGAGGUGCGAAACGCGAAUUCCGUGAGGUUCUGUUGGAUCUAAGACUUUUCCAUCGCUAUCUCGAACAGCUUCUGUCUUUCUGGCAAACUCGCCGAGAAGAUCCUCGUCUCGAAGGUCUCUUCAAUGUUUUGCAGCCAUCUAUUUUUGAUGCGAAGGGAGAGAUAAGUUCGUUUCUCGAGCACAUGAUAUCUCGAUAUGGAAAGAGCCUUCUCUCUAAUUCAAAACGCAAUCCAAAAGAUGUGGGGAAGAUGCUGCAAUGGCGUAUGCUGGAACAUGACAACGUUGCGCGAUUGCAAGACAAACUUCGGAAGAGCAAGGAAAUUAUAUCCAUGGUUCAGAGUCAAGCUAACAUGAUUAUGGAGGAACAAGACCAACUGAUUGUGAUGGAGAGAAUGGACGCUCUCGCAGACGCUGAGGCUGAGACUGCAAGACAGCUCAAUGAACGCAUCGAUGAUCUUGAAGGGAAAGUUGAGAAGCAGAGUGAGGUGCUCGGUCUGAUCUCUCGUAGCAUCGGAAGCAUCAGUUCAACGAUCGCCCCGAUCGCAAAUCUUGUUGUAGACCUUCCAGGCAUGUUGGCGAAGAUACAUGCCGAACAACUGUCUCAAAGGCUCAUGUUUUUCAAUCUAAAUCCAUUUGCCCAGAACUCUGCUAUUGUAGAAGAUGCUCUUGGGUGGAAAUUCUCAAUACCUCUAGAGUUGAUUAGUUCUUGGAAUACACUCCACUCUAUCCUCAUUGAUAGAUUUUCCAGUCGACCAGGUUACGACCUCGUCAGGGAUCGCCGCUAUGCGAUAAGGGAUGACGUCAGCGGAUUGGACAUCCGUCAGCACAAACCCCUGACCUAUAUGCUCCGUCCUGGUCAAAAAGUCAACAUGUGCAUGGUCUACUUUACCGAUAACAAUGACACAUUGACGUGUCCUAGAUGCAAGAAGUCGACUCUCUGUGCAAAUAACCUAGCUUUCAAAUGCUCAGAUCCAAGGUGCGAGAUGGAAAUCCAACGCAUCGAAGAAAUACACGAUAAUAUCGAAGAAACACAAGAUGAUACCACAGCUCUCAAUGACAAAAUGAAUGGCGACGCUACCCAAUCAAAGUUCAGAACAGCUGGCAACAUGACGCAGCCUGAUUUUGAGGAUGAAUUUCCUGCUCAUCUAGUCACCAUGCCCAACAUAGAAGAAAGCCCAGAGGUGUUCAAACGAGUGCGAUUUCUGUCUCGCUGGGAAUUUCGACUUGAAUCACGAGGACCCUUGAGAUACAAAACUGGUCAAUACAAUUGGUGGAAAGCGCGUGGUCCUGAAGCCAUGCCAAUGAAAUUAGCUCUUGCUGCUGCCUUACGCGAAAAUCUGGAUGAUCGGAUAUAUGCGGGCGCAGGACCCAGCAGGUUGGCGAGAUCUAUGAUGAUUGGCCUAUGGUUUGUUGGGUCGACAUUGCAACAGUCGAGACCAAUAUUGGUCAUAUACUCCAUGACGAAGAAGGCACGUAGGGAAGCCUGGAAAUGCUCUACAGGAAUCGACUGGAUUAGAGCAAACCCAUCGCUCAUCGUUCUCACAAGCUGGAAUACCGUCUUCUACCCUUCCAUCAAGAGGUGUUGUAAGAGAAAAUAUGGCACGCGCUUGUAG